UUUGUGGCUAGUGCUCGCUUUUAACAUGUUUAGAACUAAAUUCACUUUCUUCCUAUUACUUUUGCAAUGGGUACCGUCUCUGCUGACACCGCUACCUCAGGAAGAUAAAUCUACUCUCGACGAUUUAGCGGACUGCAUCACUGAAACAAUAAAUAAAGAAACAGAAUAUGACACCAUUCUAGAUAUUACUGUCAAAGAGGGCAAAGAUGUAAUUGAAAUUAGUUUCAAAGAAAUGACGCUAGACCCAAACACUGCGGAAAAUUAUGAAACUGUAUCAACAAAAGUUAAGAAAUCUACAAUUUCUCUAAAAGACGCUACUGAGCCAGCCAUAGAUAAUAGCGAUAAUCUAGGCGCUAAAACUACAGUCGCAACUGGAGAUAAAGUUAAAGAAGAAAUUAAUACAAAAUCUGAUAAAAAAGGAACAAACGAUCAUGAUGCAUCUAAACAUGAUACUCCAGUGAUAAUAGAUGAAGAUUUAGAGCUGCCAAAAGCAGAAACUCCUUCCUUUAGGUCGCUGGUACCAUUGAUAAAACUAAAAAACCAUAUUCCAAUACCUAUAAUAUUUAAAAAACAAGAUCUAGAUUUGGCACAAGAUAUUCUGAAAGGAGGUCUUAUUCCACAUUCGAACAAUUUACCGAUUGACGGUUUAGUAGGCAAUGCAUUUGAUUUCAUCAGAAGAUUAAAAAGAGACACGGAGCAGAUAGAGAAAGACAAAGAAAAUUGUAAUUCAGUUAACGCCGAUGAAAAUUGUGAACCAAAAUCUUUGGGAAAUUUAAAAAGUAAUCUGAAUUCUGAAGAUAAAUUAAACUUGAAUAAAGAUGCCGCAUCAUCUACAGUGCUAACCUGUCCUAUGUCAGUAUUUCUCAAAAUAGUAUCUGAAGAGAUUUUGAAUCAACUAGAUGACUCGCAAGUACCAAAGAACGUUCGUGCGAUUUUAAACUCUAUGGCUAAAGGCAAUGAUGAUACAUUACGUUUGAUUAAUAAAGAGUUGUCAGGGAUACCUAUUCCUAUGAAAGUGAAGGUAGAAUUACAUGAUGAAGACACGAAGAAUGUAAUAAAUGAGCUGUCUGAUUUCGUUGAUACUGCACUCUGUUCUACAAGCUAGUAGUAUGUUAGGAAAUAAAACAUUAU